AGAGGCAGCGAGAGAAAUAGAUUGAGGGACAGACAGACAGAGAGACAGAUGGAAGAGCGGAUGGUGGGGACACAUUCAUUUUUCAGCCACAGGAAGAUCCUGAACUACUGAGCCAAGUACCUGAUCUCCAGGAUUUCUGCGCCUCCUGCUCUGGUUCUGAUCAAAUCAUGGAGGGCGGCGGUGAAGCACCCAUGAGCACCUUCAUCAUGGAUGAGGAGACGCUCAAGAGGAAGCAGAGAGAGAAACUCAAGAAACUCCAGGCCACAGGUGGAAACCCGCGGCCAGCGCGAUCUCUCCUCUUCCUCACGCUGAAGAACCCCUUCCGCAAGGCCUGCAUAAACAUUGUAGAGUGGAAACCGUUUGAAAUCAUCAUCCUCCUCACCAUCUUUGCAAACUGCGUAGCUUUGGCCGUUUUCAUGCCCAUGCCUGAGGAAGAUACGAAUAACACCAACAGCAACUUAGAGAGUCUCGAGUAUAUUUUUCUCAUCAUAUUCACUAUGGAAUGUUUCCUGAAGAUCGUGGCGUAUGGGCUUCUCUUUCACGCCGAUGCUUAUUUGCGGAACUGCUGGAAUAUAUUAGAUUUUGUCAUUGUGACAAUGGGGUUGUUCACUGUUGUAGUGGACUUCAUCAAUAACAUCAGCGGCGUGGAGGCACCGGUGGAACAGAAAGGCGGGUUUGACAUGAAAGCCCUCCGAGCGUUUAGAGUCCUGCGGCCCCUGAGGCUCGUCUCUGGGGUCCCCAGCCUGCAGGUAGUGAUGAGCUCCAUUCUCAAAUCCAUGCUGCCACUAUUCCACAUCUCUCUGCUGGUCUUCUUCAUGGUCACCAUCUACGCCAUCAUAGGCCUGGAGCUUUUCAAAUGCAAAAUGCAUAAAACAUGUUACCAUGUCAGCACAGAUAUCAUUGCCACGGGGGAUGAUGAGCAGGCAGCACCGUGCGCUCAGGCCGGUAACGGAAGGCGCUGCGAUCUAAAUGGAACCGAGUGCCGCGGUGGUUGGCCCGGGCCGAAUAAUGGCAUUACCCACUUUGACAAUCUGGGAUUUUCCAUGCUCACGGUAUACCAGUGCAUCACCACUCAGGGCUGGACGGAUGUUCUGUACUGGGUAAAUGACGCGAUCGGAAUGGAGUGGCCCUGGCUGUAUUUUGUGACUCUGAUUCUCUUGGGCUCGUUCUUCAUCUUGAAUCUGGUUCUGGGGGUUCUGUGCGGCGAGUUCACUAAGGAGAGAGAGAAGAGUUCUCGAAGCGGAGAGUAUCAGAAACUGAGGGAGCGUCAGCAGUUUGACGAGGAUCUGAAGGGAUACAUGGAGUGGAUCACACAGGCAGAGGUCAUGGACAAUGACCAGGAGGGCCAAGGUGCUCAAACACACUCUCAAACACACUUUAACAGGCUACAGCAAACUGUAAAUCAAGUCUGGUUAAAUGAAUGAUUGACUUCAUAUUCAAAAUUAUUUUUUUCACAUGCAAGUUCUUUGAAUUUCUCUGUGUGUGCUUUUUACAGUCGACAUGCUCGUCGCUGGAACCGUUUUUUUAGGAGAAAGUGUCGUGCAUGGGUUAAGUCCAGGUUGUUCCAUAGGCUGGUGAUUUUGCUGGUGUUCUUCAACACUCUGGCAAUUGCAACAGAGCACCAUGGUCAGACCGAGUCUCUCACCAACUUCCAAGACAAUACCAAUAAGGUGCUGUUGUCUCUGUUUGCGGUGGAGAUGUUUAUGAAGAUGUACGCGAUGGGCCUGCCGUCGUACUUCAUGUCCCUCUUUAACCGUUUUGACUGCUUUGUGGUGUCUGUGGGAAUCUUUGAGAUCAUUCUCGUACGCAUGGAUAUUAUGUCCGUCAUGGGGAUCUCCAUACUGCGUUGUAUUCGGCUGCUGCGCCUCUUCAAAGUAACCCGGUACUGGACAUCACUCAACAAUCUUGUGGCGUCUCUCUUGAACUCUGUGCGAUCCAUUGCCUCGCUCCUGCUGCUCCUCUUCCUCUUCAUCGUCAUCUUCUCCCUGCUCGGUAUGCAGGUUUUCGGAGGGAAGUUUAAUUUUCCAGAUGAGCACGUGAGACGAAGCAACUUUGACAAUUUUCCUCAGGCUCUGAUCACGGUUUUCCAGAUCCUGACAGGUGAAGGCUGGAACUACGUCAUGUAUGAUGGCAUCAUGGCUCACGGAGGUCCUGCCAUGCCUGGAAUCCUGGUCAGCAUUUACUUCAUCAUCCUGUUCAUCUGUGGAAACUACAUCCUCUUGAACGUCUUCCUGGCAAUUGCGGUGGAUAACCUGGCUGAGGCGGAGAGUCUGACCUCGGCCCAGAAAGAGAAGUCAGAGGAGAAGAAGCGGAAAAGACUUCUUAGAGAAAGCCUACCUGAUAAGGCCGAGGAAGAAAAGGCCAUGCUGGCAAAGAAACUAGCCGAGCAGAGAGCCAAGAUUGACGGGAUUCCCACCACAGCCAAGCUCAAAGUGGAUGAAUUUGAAUCAAAUGUGAACGAGAUUAAAGAUCCAUUUCCUCCAGCUGAUUUUCCAGGUGACGAUGAGGAGGAGGAGCCAGAGAUUCCUCUCAGUCCUCGGCCUCGUCCAAUGGCAGACCUGCAACUGAAGGAGACGGAGGUACCCAUGCCAGAGGCCAGUUCCUUCUUCAUCUUCGGCCCACAGAACAAGUUCCGCAAACUCUGCCAUCGCAUCAUCAAUGCUACAACCUUCACCAACAUCAUCCUCCUCUUCAUCUUGCUUAGCAGUAUCUCAUUGGCUGCAGAGGACCCCAUCGACCCAAUGUCCUUCAGGAACCAGGUCCUGGCCUACGCUGAUUAUGUCUUCACUUCGGUUUUUACCGCAGAGAUCGUGCUGAAGAUGACCACGUAUGGUGCCUUCUUACACAAGGGGUCUUUCUGCCGUAAUUCUUUCAACAUCCUGGACCUGAUUGUUGUCGGUGUCUCCCUGCUGUCCAUGGGAAUGGAAUCAAGUGCCAUCUCUGUAGUAAAAAUCCUCAGGGUCUUGAGAGUGUUGAGACCUUUAAGAGCCAUAAAUCGAGCUAAAGGUCUCAAACAUGUGGUCCAGUGUGUGUUUGUGGCCAUCAAGACCAUCGGCAACAUUGUUUUAGUCACCAUGCUCUUGGAUUUCAUGUUUGCCUGCAUUGGUGUUCAGCUUUUUAAGGGGAAAUUUUUUUUCUGCACAGACCCGCUCAAAAUGACGGCGGAAGAAUGCCGGGGAGUGUUUAUUAAACACCAGGAGCAUGCUCUUUACGACAUGGUGCUCGGUCAACGUAUGUGGAUGAACAGCAACUUAAACUUUGACAACAUUUUGAACGGCAUGCUGGCUCUCUUCACCGUGUCAACAUUCGAGGGCUGGCCAGACUUGUUGUAUAAAGCCAUCGACUCAAAUUUGGAAAACGUUGGCCCAAUUUACAACAACCAUAUUGAGAUUUCCAUCUUCUUCAUCGUUUACCUCAUCCUCAUCGCCUUCUUCAUGAUGAACAUCUUUGUGGGCUUCGUUAUUGUCACCUUCCAAGAACAGGGAGAGCAGGAGUACAAAAACUGCGAGCUGGACAAAAACCAGCGCCAGUGUGUCCAGUAUGCACUGAAGGCCCGACCUCUGAGAUGCUACAUCCCUAAAAACCCACGUCAGUACCAGGUUUGGUACAUCGUCACUUCUUGUUACUUCGAGUACCUGAUGUUUCUCCUCAUCAUGCUCAACACCAUGUGUCUGGGGAUGCAGCAUUGUAAUCAGUCAGAUCACAUCACCCAUCUUUCAGACAUGCUGAACGUCAUCUUCACUGUACUGUUUACCGUGGAAAUGAUCCUCAAACUCGGCGCCUUUAAAGCAAAGGGUUACUUUGGGGACCCCUGGAACGUCUUUGAUUUCGUAAUCGUGGUGGGCAGUAUUGUUGACGUCAUGCUAAGUGAAAUUGAUGCGGCUCUCGCUGCUCAGGGUGGACUGUAUUGUCUCACUGGCUGUUCUGAAGUGAAUCCAAUGCAAGCCAUAGCAGACUCUGAGAAUAUGAGCGUGUCGAUCACACUCUUCCGGCUUUUCCGUGUCAUGCGUCUAGUGAAACUGCUCAACCGUUUUGAGGGCAUUCGCAACCUGCUGUGGACCUUCAUCAAAUCAUUCCAGGCUUUGCCAUAUGUGGCUCUCCUCAUCGUUAUGCUGUUCUUUAUCUACGCCGUCAUCGGCAUGCAGGUGUUUGGCAAAAUCGCACUACUGGACGGUACCAUGAUCAACCGCAACAACAACUUCCAGACGUUUCCUCAAGCUGUUCUACUGCUGUUCAGGUGUGCCACAGGCGAGGGGUGGCAGGAGAUCAUGUUGGGCUGCUUGUACGGUCAACGUUGUGACCCCAAGUCAGAAUACCUACCUGGGGAAGAGUACACCUGCGGUUCUGGAUUCGCUAUUCUCUACUUCAUGAGUUUUUACAUGCUCUGUGCUUUUCUUAUCAUUAAUUUGUUUGUUGCUGUGAUCAUGGACAACUUUGACUAUCUGACCCGUGAUUGGUCGAUACUUGGGCCGCAUCAUUUAGACGAGUUCAAGAAGAUCUGGGCUGAAUAUGACCCUGAGGCAACGGGGCGCAUUAAACACCUGGAUGUCGUGACGCUGCUGAGGAGAAUCCAGCCACCGCUUGGAUUUGGAAAGUUCUGCCCCCAUCGUGUUGCCUGCAAGAGACUGAUUUCCAUGAACAUGCCUCUGAACAGCGAUGGAACCGUAACGUUUAACGCCACACUGUUCGCUCUGGUCAGAACGGCACUGAAAAUUAAAACCGAAGGUAAUUUCGAGCAGGCCAAUGAAGAGCUGCGUGCAAUUAUUAAGAAGAUCUGGAAACGCACCAGUAUGAAACUGCUUGACCAGGUCAUUCCACCAAUCGGAGACGAUGAGGUAACAGUGGGGAAGUUUUACGCCACGUUCCUGAUCCAGGACCACUUCAGGAAGUUCAUGAAGCGCCAGGAGGAAUAUUACGGAUACCGGCCAAACAAGAAAAACAAGAACACCACAGAGAUACAGGCGGGUCUGAGGAGCAUCGAGGAGGAAGCCGCGCCUGAGCUUCAGCGGGCCAUUUCUGGAGAUCUUCUGAAUGACGAGGAGAUGGACCGAGCCAUGGAUGAGGCCGGAGAGGAGGGAAUCUACAGGCGAGCAGGUGGCCUGUUUGGCAACCAUGUGGAUCCGUUCACGAUGGAGCGAGGAACACCGAUGGCCACGCAGGUGACCAGCCAGCGCCCCCUACAGAUCGCAGACAGCAGGGCGGAGGAGACGGAGGCCUCGGCCGCAUACGUUCAUUACCACGCCAACACCAACACCAAUAAUAACACCACCAGACAGAGACGUGAACUCCAUUUCCCAUCAUGCAUCAGUGCAUCCAGACUGUACGGUCCAGUGAGCGCAGCUGAGUUCCUCAUCCAGGAGGCUCUGACCGCUGGAGGUUUGGAGAGUCUGGCCAGCGACAGGCGUUUCGUGUCCGUGACGAAGGCAGAGAUGGCCGAGGCCCUUCAGAUGGAUCUCGCCGUACUGGAGAGGAAAUCAGCAGCCGCUCUUAUUAAUAAACGUAAAGGACAGUGUGUGUUCAGGAAGAGGAAGACGCCUGUGUCUCGUCCAGACAAUACACACUGCCAGGUGUGA